AUUAAUGAGCACUCUCCAAAUGAACACAUCACAACCUCAUUCCUAACACAGAAAGUUAUUUAUUUCAAAUACAGUUUCACUGACUAAAUAAGGAGGCUCUUUCCUUCAACAGAGGACACAUCCAGGAGAACAAGAUACGCCCGAGUAAACCACAGCUUCAUCAUCACUCCAAGUAAACUCUUUAGCAACAUCACCACAUCAGAUCUUUCAACUUAACAGGCUAAAAAUGCCACUUUUUGGUUGGAUGAAAUGGCCAAAAAAUGAUCCCUACAAACCCACACACUAUCCUGGCUCAGAUGUAGUGACAAAGACUCUGCUUCGGGAAUUAAAAUGGCACCUAAUGGAACGAGAGAGAUUAAUACAAGAGAUCGAAGAUGAACAAAAAGUGAAAAAAACAGGUGUGGAUUACAACUGGCUGAGAAACUACCAGAACCCCCACAGUUCCAUCCCAGCUACUGAACAGAGACAACUUGAAGUACUUUGCUCACAAGUUCAACCUGGCCAAACCGGAACUAUUCUCAGCAGAUUUCGAGAAGUUUUGGCAGAAAAUGAUGUACUGCCAUGGGAAAUAGUCUACAUCUUCAAGCAAGUUCUGAAAGACUUCCUAAGUAAUUCUGACAACGGGAGUCAGCAGGAGGGCCUGGAGGAUUCAGGAAACACAGACUGUCCUAUUCCUGCUGCAAUCCCGGGUGAAAGCUACAAGAGCUCAGGCAAAGAUGAAAUACCCACUAUUUCAAGCUAUGUCGACAAAAUCACAAAGAACAGGUUCCCAACAUUCUCCUACAGAGUAUGGAACCUACCAUAUUAUUAUUAUCCAUCAAGUUAAGUUACUGAUAACGAGAGUUUUUAUGACCAUCUUAGAAUCAGAACUCUCAAUAUUAAGAAUAAGAAAACAUGAUGAGACUCCAAGUUUCUCUUUGUUACAAGGUCAGAAGUUAAAAUUUCUGUGGAUAUAUCCUAUGUUUUAAAUAGUGUUCUUUUUUAACCACUCUAAACAUGCAAUGUUUUCAUUGAACAGUAUGCUUUUAACUAUUUCCUAAAUAUUUUGAAAAAAUGUUUGAAGUAUUUUCUUGUACAUCAAACAUAUCUCACAAGAACUAAGGCAAUUUUAUUUAGUAUGAAGCAUGACAAAUCCUGUGUGAAACUUAGACAUUAACCUCGACUUUUGUUCUAAAAGGAAACUAUGUAUAGAACAAAAUAAACGAUUAAU